AUGACUGAAGUUCAGUCAUGCAAGCGCUGUCGUAUUGAAAAAGCUGUUGUUGUGUCAAGGAAAGAACCCUUUUGUUCAGAAUGUUUCUGUAAGUUCGUAUCUCUGAAGCAGCGGAAGCAGAUGAUGUCAGAUCAGUACUUCCAAGAUAUCUUUAAGGUCAUGUACCAGGAUAAAGUGAAAACCGCAGAAAUAGCAGAAAAAAUGAAUGCAGAAUCGCGAGUUUUGGUGCCACUUUCAUUUGGUUCGAGUUCUCUGGUAAUGCUUAAUGUCUUAAAUGACGUCUUAGAAGAGCAAUUAGAAGUUCAUCGUGGCAAGACCGGUUUCAGUAUUGAAAUACUCGUCUGCUAUUUUGGAGCUGCCCAGGAGAAAAGUUUAAAAGACAGAUUACGUGCUCUGAUGAACACCAGAUUGUUGAAAACCAAAAAGUUGUACAAAAUUCAUGUCGUUGAUAUUGAAACGUUUUUCAAUUCCUCCAAACACAUCCAAGUACAUUUGGAAGACACCAGCUACAUCGUCAGAAAGAUAAACACCUUUUCUAACGAUACUGGUAGUCAGCCCACCGUUGACGUACUUCUUAAUCGAUGCGUCAAUCGAUCUGCACGCGAGGAUCUGCUCAAUGUGAUGAGAACAGCCGUCAUCAAACAGUUUGCAGUACAAGGCCAGUACAAGGCAAUAUUAUGGGGCCACUCUAUGACACGACUGGCCGAUGAAAUUAUGGCUUCGGUCGUCAAAGGAAGAGCCGCUCAAAUCGCCAGUGCUUUAGAUAACGAAAGCUUUGACGUGGAGUUUGACGAGUCUUUCAAAAACUUGCAUCCCAUGCGCGACGUGCUACUUUCAGAAAUCGACGCAUUUUGUCACAUAUCAAACCUCUUGCCUUACAUUUAUGAGUACUAUCCUCAGCAGACACUUUUGAUUGAAAAGAACUCAGAAUCGGGACAUUCGCCAUCGCCGAAAAUGGUAAGGAAUAUGACAAUAAACGAACUGGCUCGCCAGUACUUUGAUAACAUAGAAGGCAACUAUUCUAAUGUCAUAUCGACCGUUGUGAGAACAGGCGCUAAACUAGACAGACCAUUGAAUACCGUACCGACAGCUAGCAGAUGUGGAAUCUGCUAUACCAUGCUUUAUAGAAAUGGUCCUGAAUGGCUGCGGCAUAUUACGGUAACCAGUAGUUAUCCUUUGGUGACUGAAGAGGACCAUCACUUGUAUUCUACUUGGAUCAAUUCGGAGCAUGGCAAAUCUCGAGAACAUUAUCUCGAAUUGGCUUCCGAGUUCAAAGUAAACGGCAAAGAAUUGGCAACUUGUUAUGGCUGUCUGCUGAUUUUGGGAGAGGUGAAGGACAAAAACAUCUCUUGGCCAGAGAGCAAACCAGAUAUUUUGAAGGAUGUGAUAGAAGAUUUUGUCAUUGACGAUGAUGAAGAGUGA